AUGGAUGGGGAGAUCUUGGUUUUAUUGAACCAAAUAAAGAGACACCAAAUCUUGACAGAAUGGCAGAAGAGGGAAUGCUUUUUCCUGAUUUUUAUUCAGCAAAUCCUCUAUGUUCACCUUCUAGAGCAGCUUUAAUGUCGGGGAGGUUACCUAUCAGAAAUGGAUUCUACAGUGAUAACGCUCAUGCAAGAAAUGCCUACACACCUCAAGAUAUUGUUGGAGGAAUUCCUGAUGAUGAAAUUCUUUUGCCAGAGAUUCUGAAAAAAGCUGGUUAUAGAAAUAAAAUCAUUGGAAAAUGGCAUUUAGGUCAGCAGCCUCAAUAUCAUCCCCUCAAACAUGGUUUUGAUGAAUGGUUUGGUGCACCGAAUUGUCAUUUUGGACCGUACGAUAACAAGAAGACACCAAACAUUCCAGUAUAUAAAGAUAAACAAAUGAUUGGCAGGUAUUAUCAAGAUUUUCUGAUAGAUAGAGAGACAGGGGAAUCCAAUCUUACACAGAUCUAUAUUCAGGAAGCACUGACGUUCAUAGAAUCACAGGUGUCAAGCCAGGAACCAUUCUUCCUAUAUUGGGCUGUUGAUGCCACACAUGAACCGUUGUAUGCUUCUAAACCAUUCCUGGGUACCAGCAGAAGAGGGUUGUAUGGUGAUGUAGUCAGGGAGUUGGACUAUGGUGUAGGUAAAAUUCUCAACAAGCUGAAACAACUGGGAGUCCAAGAUAAUACCUUCGUUUUCUUCUCGUCUGAUAAUGGUGCUGCCACCUAUGCUAAAAUUCAUGGUAAUUAUACAAUGAAGUUCAAAGUUUGAGUGCAUAAUUAUACA